AACUUGUCAGUGGCACCUUAGCUAUCUGCUUCCCACACGUCAUCUCUCUAGCAAAGAAAGCAGAAAUUUCUGUGCAGUAACCAGGGGUAGUUUACCUAAGUUUGAGCCAGCAGCCCCCUUUUUUUGCUUCUCUAGUGCCAGGCCCAAAGACAAAGGAAAAGGAAAGAAGAUGCUAAUUUCCUUGGUGUUAGUCUGUCUGAGCCUUGCCAACAACGCAUAUACAGAAGAGAAUCGCCUUCAGGUCUUUGCAAGUCCAGGUGAAAAUGUUAGCUUGCCCUGCAGCCUGAACCCUAUUGAUGGGUUCGAAUUUGGUCAUAUCGGAACCAGGAUCAAGUGGACCAAGCUUGAGGGUGCUGAUGAUGAAACUGACGUGCUGAUUUCAAUGGGUUUCCACAAGCUCGUAUAUGGACGCUUCCAAGACCAUGUUCAUUUGCAGGAGGCUGAUAAAAAUGAUGCCACCUUGAUUAUCACCAACCUUGUCCCAGAGGACUAUGGUGUAUAUAAGUGCGAGAUCAUCAAUGGCAUGGAUGACAUUGUAGUGGAGAUGGAGCUUCGAAUGGGUGGGGUUGUAUUCCCAUACUCCCCACGCUUGGGCCGCUACAACCUAAACUUCCAUGAUGCUGAGGCAGCCUGCCUGGAGCAGGAUGCUGUGGUGGCAUCAUUCAAGCAGCUCUACCAGGCCUGGAGAGGAGGGAUGGACUGGUGCAACGCUGGCUGGUUGAGUGAUGGAUCUGUACAGUACCCCAUCAACAAACCAAGACAUCCAUGCGGGGGCAAUGUUGCUGCUGGACUCAGGAGUUAUGGCCGGCGUAACAAAACCAACAGCCGAUUUGAUGUUUUCUGCUACACCACUGAACACAAUGGAUAUGUCUUCUUUGUGGAUCAGAAACUGACCUUCCUUGAGGCUGGGCAGGCCUGUGAAGAUGAUGGAGCUGAACUUGCGAAGGUGGGACACAUUUACGCUGCCUGGAAGCUGCAGGGCUAUGACCGUUGUGAUGCUGGCUGGCUGGCUGAUGGUAGUGUAAGAUAUCCCAUCUCCAAACCUAGGAUGAAGUGCAGUCCCACAGAAGCAGCUGUCCGAUCCAUCGGAUUUCCCGAAAAGAAGCACAAGCUCUAUGGGGCCUACUGCUACAGAGCUAACCAAUAAUUUGCUGCUCCUUUCCUAAUAUCAUAUACCAAACAAAGAGCUAUAACACACAAGCAAUGACUCCUAAAACAUGUCAGUUAUCAUGAGCACACAUUGAAACUAGGUACAAAGUACAUACUGAAAUUUUUGUACUAUGCAUUCCAAAUACACAUUGUAUAUGGUACAGUUAUUCAUCAUAAACCUUAUUUUUUCAUAUUAUUAUUUUUAUAUUCAACUUGCACAGUUCAGUUAUCUUUUUUUCAGCAAAAAAUCUGGAAUGUAAUCUUUUCAAAUAAAUAAAUAAAUAAAUUUGUAAAAAUAUGAACCUUUUUGACACACCUGGCAUGUCUUGUCAGAGCACUGGCCACUACUUUUUUAUCUGAAAAUGUACUUUUCAAUUUUAGCAGGCUUAGUAGCUAAUUAUAAUAGAUACCUGUCAUAAUCUUUAUCCUUUUACAAUUUUUCUCAUAAUGUCCUCAUUUAGUUACUGUAUGUGCUGAAAUACAUUGUUCCUAGCCUUUUUUGAUAAAUUGAUAACAUUUAUCAAAAGGUUAGCUAAGACAAAUGUUUAGUUAAUAUAUCUUCUUCCCUAGCAACAAAUU